UGAACACGCCCCUGGCAGCAUCUUGAUUGCUUGAACUUUCCUUGGACACAUCCCUGCAGCUCCAGCAUAGUGCGCUAACUUACAACUGUCAUUAUUGGAUGUCGGGAGUGUCACAAUGUUGGUGCCAAUCUUCACUCUAAAACUAAACCACAAAAUCAACCCGCGCAUGGUGACGAUUGGCAAAUUUGAUGGCGUCCAUCCUUGUUUGACAGCAGCCACACAAGCUGGGAAGGUGUUCAUCCACAACCCCCAUACGCGAGGCCAGAGGCAGUCGGCCCACCGGCUGAGCCAGAGUGCCCAGGACUCAGACAUCUCCCUGCUCAACAUCAACCAGGCAGUCAGCUGCCUGACGGCGGGCCGGCUGGGGGCCAACACCGUGGGGGACACCCUACUGGUGGGCUCCCAGACCAACCUGCUGGCCUACGACGUGCACGACAACACUGACAUCUUCUACAGGGAGGUGACAGACGGGGCGAAUGCAAUUACCUUGGGGAAGCUGGGGAAUAUCCCCUAUCCUCUAGCCAUCAUCGGGGGGAACUGUGCCUUGCAAGGUUUCGACUUUGAGGGGAACGACCAGUUCUGGACGGUCACUGGAGAUAAUGUCAGGUCACUGGCCCUGUUUGACUUCACUGGCGAUGGCAAGAAUGAGCUUGUGGUUGGAUCUGAAGAUUUUGACAUCAGAGUCUUCAAAGAGGAUGAGCUGGUCUCUGAGAUGGCAGAAAACGAGACUGUCACGUCGCUGUGUCACAUGCAUGACAGCCGCUUUGGGUACGCCCUGGCCAACGGGACCGUGGGAGUCUACGACCGCACUGCCCGCUACUGGAGGAUCAAGUCCAAGAACCAUGCCAUGAGCAUCCACGCCUUUGACCUCAACGCUGACGGUGUAGUGGAACUCAUCACUGGCUGGUCCAAUGGGAAGAUCGACGCUCGCAGCGACCGCACGGGAGAGGUGAUCUUCAAGGACAACUUCUCGUCCUCGGUGGCAGGCAUCGUGGAGGGGGACUACCGCAUGGACGGCAAGGUCCAGCUCAUAUGCACCUCCGUAGAGGGAGAAGUGCGUGGCUACCUGCCAGCCAGUAAGGACAUGAAGGGUAACCUGAUGGACUCGAGUGUGGAGCAGGACCUGGUGCGGGAGCUCAGCCAACGCAAACAGAACCUCCUGCUGGAGCUGAAGAACUACGAGGAGAACGCCAAGGCGGCUCCGGGAGCCACAGAGGGGGACUCUGGGAUGGGAGUGAUUCCGGCCAACACUCAGCUCCAAACCGCCCUCGCUGUCCGCGCCGCUACGGAGAGCCAGAAGGCCCACAUAGAGCUGAGCAUCUCCACACCCAACGAGACCAUCAUCCGGGCGGUGUUGAUCUUCGCGGAGGGCAUCUUCGAGGGCGAGAGCCAUGUGGUGCACCCCAGUGCCCAGAACCUGUCGGGCUGCGUCCGCGUGCCCAUCAUCCCCCCCAAGGAUAUCCCCGUGGACCUGCACGUCAAGGCCUUCGUGGGGGGCAAAAACAGCACCCAGUUCCAUGUGUUUGAGAUCACGCGGCAGCUGCCUCGCUUCUCCAUGUACGAGCACAACCCCGACCCCAGCGGCCCUCAGCCCACCGGACGAGUCACAUUCACCAUCAACGACCGCGCACAGAGGGUGGUCAUGUGGCUGAACCAGAACUUCCUGCUGCCAGAGGGGAUGGAGAGUCCAGAUGUGUCCUUCACGUGCCUACGAGGGGGUGGGCUGCUACACAUCAGCAUGCAGACCAACGGAGAGAUGGUGUUGACCACGGAUGACAUCGACCUGGCGGGGGAUCUGGUCCAGUCUCUGACCUCCUUCCUGGCCAUCGAGGACCUGCAGGCGGAGGCAGACUUCCCCACAUACUUCCAGGAGCUCCGGAACACACUCACAGAGGUUGAUGAGUUCCACUCGGUGCACCAGAAGCUGACGGCUGCCAUGGCCGACCACUCCAACCACAUCCGCAACAUGCUGGUGCAGGCGGAGGACGCUCGCCUCAUGGGGGACAUACGGAGCAUGAAGAAGAGGUACAUUGAGCUGUACGACCUGAACAGGGACCUGAUCAACGAGUACAAGAUCCGCUCCAACAACCACAACGCUCUGCUGGCCUGCCUCAAGUCCGUCAACCAGGCUAUCCAGAGAGCAGGCAGGCUCAGAGUGGGCAAGCCAAAGAACCAGGUCAUCUCUGCCUGUCGAGACGCCAUCAAGAACAACAACGUCAACGCCCUCUUCAAAAUCAUGAAGGCAGGCACCGCCUCGAGCUGA